CUCUCUCUCUCUCCAGAGACUCCACAGACGACGCAAGAACGCUCAGAGAAGACGACGAUCCUGAAAACCCUAAUCACAGAGUUCUUCUUCUGAGAGAGAAAAUUCUCUCUCUCUCUCUCUCUCUCUCUCUCUCUCCAGAGACUCCACAGACGACGCAAGAACGCUCAGAGAAGACGACGAUCCUGAAAACCCUAAUCACAGAGUUCUUCUUCUGAGAGAGAAUAUUCUCUCUCUCUCUCUCUCUCUCUCUCUCUCUCCAGAGACUCCACAGACGAUGCAAGAACGCUCAGAGAAGACGACGAUCUGCAAAACCCUAAGCACAGAGUUCUUCUUCUGAGAGAGAAAAUCCUUUUGCAUUUCUCCUCUCGGCUCGUUCGUUGGUUUAAUUUCCCCAAUCCAUGGCCUCGAAGGACCCGGACGAGGCUCCUCAAUCGGCGACAGAGGAGGAUAACCUGACUCGCCGGCUGGAGAUGAAGCGCACGCGGCGAGUGAGCUUCGCCGACGAGAUCACCUCCGUCCGUAUUUUCUGCCGCGACGAGGAUUACGAGACGCCUCCCGAGUCCAAGCCCAGCUCUGGGACGGCCGACGCCGAGGCGCGACCAGAGAACGAGGCCUCAGGGUUUUUCGGGAGCUUGGGCGGCGGCGACAGCGAUGACGAAGGAAUCGUCAAUGGCAGGAAGUCUUUCCUCAGGCCGAUGGGUUCGCCCUCUCCAGGGAGCAGUUCCCCUGGCUCUGUCACCUCCAAUGAUGAAGAUAAUUUCAUUGGUCCUGUGUCGGCGAGCUUCAUUAGACCUGGAAGAUUAUCUGACUCUGCUGCCUCGGAUGAAAUUCAUGAAGAGACUUUGGAUACGACAGCAUUUUCAAUGCAUUACCGAAGUCUUGCAAGGUCAGACUCUGGAGAACUCAAGACCCCAACAGCAGUUCGCCUUGUCUUUGAAGAGAAGACAGCAACCAAUGAUCCUAAUCUGACUGAUUCAGGGAGUUUAAUGGCAUUAACAGAUCCUAAGAGGCCAAGUUCUCAAUCUCCAGUUGCCCUUGAAAAGAUUAGAGGUGGCAAAGAGUCAGAUGACAGCAUGAGUAUUGUGGAUGAAAACCCAAAGACAUAUAAUUAUGGAGGUCUAUCACCAACAUUGGAUGCACUUUUGGGAGAAUGUAGCAUGGAUCUGAUUACACUUGAGAAUGAGUAUUUAAGAGCGGACCAAAAUGGGAUGAGCUACAUGGAUCACAGAAAUAGUAGAGAUUCAGAAUUGGUAAAUCUUGAUACCAAUGAGAAUCUUGUGGAGGCAGCUUCUGUUUCUCAUGGCAUAUUGCUCGAGGGAAAUGAGAGAUUUGUUGAACAUGCUACAUCUGAGUGCCAUCAUUUAAAUGAAAGCUCAAGAAGAGAAAGUUCUACAUUGGAGGGAUCGCCCAUUUCAUUGUCUGGUAGACAACAGCCAGCAAUUUUGAAUACUCCUACUUCAGCCAAAAUAUCAGAUAUAGCAUCUCCUUCCUCUAAACGGGUAGAUGUCCAAAGUAAUGAACACAUGAAGCAUGCUGACAAGAGCAUUUCUCAAUUCAAAUUUCCCGAUACUUUGUAUUCUGGUUCCAGUAUCAAACAGGGAAUUGAUAAAUUGAAACACAGACUGUCAAAGUACUCCUCUAUAAGUUCUCCCUUUAGUAGUGUUUUAGAUAAAAAUAACGAAGAACUUCAAUCUGAUUAUGGAAGUACUCCAAUAGCUUCAUUGGUGGAAAAAUUGUUUACUGCUGAUGGGAAGAAUGAAGAUAUAAGUAUGGUUAGCGUAGCAAUUGAUCAAGUUGAGACGCCAAGAAACACUGGAAAUCUGGUUCAGAACAAAGAGAUCACAGGUCUUGCAAAAGAUGGACAGUCUUUGAAUUCCAUGUCAACGGAUGUUCUUUCCAAGGAUAUACCCAAUAAAAUAACAUCAGGGUCUUCACCCUACGGGUUGGCAUCGUCAAUAACAAAAGUGAUGCAAAAAGAGCUAGCUCCAGGAUCUGCCAUGAAUGUGCGAGCUCAGAGCUCUCCUGCGAAAGAGCCAUUGCAAAGUCCACGAGCCAACAUGCUUAUUUCAAGUCCCUCUUGGUAUGAAGCAACUCACAGUCCUUCCAGAAAAGAACCAACAGAGAGCCCUUCUAGGCUGGACACAUCUAGUGCAACUCACAGUGUUAAUGUGCAAUCCUUUCCUGGGAAAGACAUAGCAUCGACCAGGUCUGAUUCUGGUGGGCCUGAAAGUGACAACCUCCAUCAAGGACAUAUGUCACAGAGUCCUUUUUUCACAAAAGAUGUAGAGAUCUCUUUGGAACGGAAAAAAAGAAGAAUUGGAGUUGUUCUUGAGGAUGAUGGAAAGCCUACAUACAAAACUCCCAGGAUCCAAAAAAGUUCAGAUGCCGAUAGAAGCGGAAAUUAUGAUUAUGAGCUCAUGUACAACCAGUCUAAUAAAAUUCUUCAUGAGACAGAGAAAACUGAAGGUGACAGAACACAGAAGCAGUGGCUUGAUAUUUGGGUAGCAUUUUCCGGGGAUGCAGAGCAGUUGCUCUCACCAUCAAUAAAAAAGCUUAAUCUCAAAGCUAUAGGCACGCUGGAAGACAGUUUGAUUCACUUGUUGAAGGUUAAGAAAUAUGAGAUGCUUGCUUCUGAAAUUAAGUCUCAGAGUGUCUCUGACCACUUAAGUGUUAGGCAUAAUAAAAGGGUAGCUGAAACAAGAUUGAUGCUAUAUAAAGUUGCAUGUGAAAAGGCAAAACUACAGUUGAUGGGUGCAAAGCAAGUGAAAUUGCAAAAAAGAGUUUUGCUUUUGAAGUCCGGAAUUCAGGAGUGCAAAAUGUUGAAAUUGAAUUAUAGCCAACAGUCUAAAAGUGGUAGAAGAAAUGCUCAAGUUGAUGACAGUCACCUUCAGUCAUGUACAGUUAAUGUUGAGGGUGAACAACAGGAUGCAAGUGACACCAUGAGCAAAAUGAAGCAGGACGUUAAAGACUUGCACACAAAAAUAAAUAGCUUAAGUAAUUUCUUUCAUAGUUAUUGUAAGUUGAAAUUAGGAGACCGAAGCUGUGCCGACACUCUUGCAAUAGUUUAUGAUGAUCUGAAGAGAAGAAAAUGUUGCAGGCUUUUACGUCAGGAGUUACAGUUGUGGAAUGUUCAUAGGUUUGAGAAUCAGGAUGGCCUUUACAAUCUUUUUCUCAAAUAUCAGGAUUACCUCAUCCAAAGGUUUACUAUAAAUUUUGGACCCGAAUCAAGUAUUGUUAUCUCAAACCAAUUGAAUGAUAUAAACAUUGUGAAGAUGUUUCCAAACAUGGAUGCUCAUGUCGCUUUUGCAUUUGUGUUAAAUGCUGAGGUCACUAAACGAUUUGUUGAUUCAAAUUGUUUAGCACAAGAAACUCAAGUUACCCAAUCUCUUCUACGUAAUCUGCUAGAUGUCAUUGAGGAGGUACAAAUGGCUCAUAUGGAGAUUUGGAAUUUGAUUCAGACAAAAUUUCACUCUUCAUCUGGUCAGCAGCUUGAUUUGCAGCUGUGUUUUAUCAAUUUUCAUACUGGUAUAAAGGUGACUUUGACCCUUGAUGUCACAUGUUUGAAUAGUGGUGUAUAUCCUCUAGAGAUCCUUCCGCAUCAGGUACAAAGUCCGGCGGCCGUGGCACAAAAAUUACAAUCAGUCUCGGGUGAAAUAAGGUCUGUGGCGGAGAACCUUGAGGUUGGAUAUUCGAGGAUAAUGAGGCUCUGCAGGCGUGUUUCCCAGGUGCUGCAAGGUUCAAGGACGUAAACUCUCAAGGGGAAAGGUUAGGAAAGAGAACAAACUUGUCAGAUCGCUUUAUGCUUGUUUUUCCUUGUAAAUAGUAACUGAAGGAGAUCCAUUCCUGACCCAUUCAAGUAGAUAUUGCGGUGUAUUUGGACUUGCCACUGUCUUUCUCGGCGAUAUUUCAGUUAAAAUGUCCAUUCCCCAAGAGUGUAAAGUUACAAUUCAAUCUAAUUUUGUGAGCUUGAGAAAUUACGCUGGCCUAUGUUUUUCUGCUUAGCAUAAUGUUUUGAUGUGACAAUCAC